AUGAGUUGGGAUCAGCCUAUCCACAGCUUCAGCUAUCCAAACGGUGAACCUCAGACCCCAACGAGGACUCCUCCCACAACCUUCUUCAGUGACGCUACCUUCCAAACCCCCAAGCUCGAAUCCAGCUUCUUCGACCCCCGUGUCACAUGGGACACCUCCGAUCCGUACGCCUCGAGCCCUGAGUUCCUGCGCACCCCUCAGAGAUUCGGCCUGAACACUCCCCGCUUGCAAGAGCAAAAAGCACCCCAGGAUCCGACAUCCCCGGGGCUACACAAUGCGAAGCAAUUGAGCUCUCAAGUUGAAACUGCUAGAAAGCAUCGCCAGUCGAAGCCUCAUGGCCCGGGCGAAUAUGGCUCUCGGACUGUGGAAUCCGCAAAAUCGGCCGCUUCCAUGCAGACCCCGCCGCCGAGUAGCGCAUCGAGGACAAAGGUGACUGAGUUUGGAGAUUUGAGCAAUACAGGGCAUAGGCCACCAGUCUCCAGUGCGGCAGGGCCCCAUCUGGAAACUCCGAGUAGGGUGAUGGGUGCUUCUCCCCGCCUAUUCGGCGGCUUUCAAUCGUCUCCGGGCCCUUUCCAGCUCGGCUCGAUUGACCCGUCGACAUCGCCUUUCUUUCCACAGCAAAAGUUGUUCUGGGACCAUGAGCUCGACCAGCAUACAGCAGACUUGGGCUUAUCCGGAAACGAUGGCAAUGUGUUUGACUCUGCAAGCACAAGCGCCUUUCAAGCCAAUACAGCAAACCCCCCACAAGACCCUCACAUUCCGCAACUACCUCACAUCGAAGAGAAUUUCGAACUUCCUGAAUUCAACAACGCAAUCUACGGCCUCUCCUCUGGUGCUCCCACAGACGCUGCCCUGUUCCCCGCCCCAUUUUCCACCUCUCCUCGACUUCCUUUGCCCAAAGCAGACGACCCCGCUUUGUUUUUGAGCUCUCCCGCACGCCGAUUUGGAGGACCUCAAGCAUCCCCGGAGAAACGAGUGUUCUCGAGAGAACAGCGUCAACCGUACCACCAUCAAACAGAGGAGUUCAAGCGAGAAGAGCUCCGACGUUCUCAAGGAGUCAACCCCCAGCUUUCGGAAUACGAAGAUGACGACUACACCCCUCGACAAAACAGGCCUACGUUGACCCGGAGCCUCACCGUUGGUGGAACUAAUGCAUCGCGGCCAGGAUCCGGCGGCACAAUGUCAUCUGCAAGUGGCAUCCGGAAGAGCCCAUCGAAGGGGAGAUCAUCCCCAAUCAAGCCAAUUCGUGCUCCACUGCCUAGAUCCAACUCCAUGGCUAGUGGAUUUCCACGACGGUCUCAGUCGGUGGUGCUCAGAAUUGGCAAAGAUGGUAGAGCUAAGACGGAAAUGCAGCCUGUCGUUGAGGCAUCGACUGGCUUGACGGACCCUGUUAGCGGUAUGGAUAUGGACGACUCUGCCACGGAAAGCGAGUACGAUUCGGCAGAGUUUCCUGAAUAUCCCCCCAGCAGCCGCAACACUUCUUUUGCGUUUUCAGAAGCCGGGAGACCAAACAUUACCCGCAGUGACUCCGGUUCACGACCUCCUUCCAUGGGCUCUUACACUUCAUCUCACUCAGGUCGAGUCUCACCGUGGGCUACAGCUCCUCGUGGCCCGGCUAGGCGGCCGCCAUUGAAAGCUACGAUAGAGGACUGGAAACGGACACCGAAGAGGCAGUCUUCGGCUCUCCAUUCGGAUUUGUCGUAUAGCAGCGCAGCUUCUAUUCCCGGCAGUAUUGCUGACGUAGAAGAGGAUACCGGGGAUGCCCAACAGGCUCUCCGCAAGGUUCUGCAGGAUAAAGGGCGGAUUCCUAGGUCGCAGACAAUUGCAAGCUUCGGCUCCCGGUCCAACCGUUCUUUGCAAUCUUUGGCACAGCUACAAUCGUCACCGCCUCGAUUUGGCACUGAGCUAGACUCAGAUUCCCGGGAAGCAAAUACGUCUCCUACGACUGUUACAGACCCUGAUCUCGCAACCCCUUGUACGGACCGAUAUAGCAACCCAAGUAACGGUACCAGAUGCAUCUGCAAUUCCAUGGAUAAUGGUGGUCACUUGAUGAUUCAAUGCGAAUCGUGCAGUCACUGGUUGCAUACCAAAUGCGUCGGUCUGGAACGGUCAAACCUCCCGUCUGUCUACGUCUGCAUCUUCUGCGCACAAACCCCGACUCGGAAAAAUCGAGUGCGCGUACCUGUCAGUGGCGUCGGCCAUGCUCCGACCUCACCUCUCGCCCAUAAGUCCUAUCGAUUUCGAUAA